AAAUAAAAAAUAAUGAAUUGUUGGCCUUUGGGGAAGUAUGUUCAUUUAUUGUAGAUAUACUCAAUACUUAACCUGCCCACAUUGCCAGAAGCACCAAAAGUUAAAUGACCAUGUUGUCGGUGUGCUUGACUGGCCAGCAAACUCACCAGACCUGAACCUCAUAGAGAAAUGGAUCUUGUCAUAUAUAUUUUAUAAUUUAUUUUGUGUUCCCCAGGACUUAUCACAGAAAGAUACCACACAUGUCUCUGCCAAAGAUAAAAGAGGAAGGAAGAGAAAGAUUGAAGCUGAACGAGACUCUGAUACAGAAAACUCAAGCCCCACUUCAAGUGCUCCUGGGUUAGAUUUAUUAUCAGCAGGCGGACCAGUUCCAUUACUUAAGCGCAGAGGAAGGAAACCUAAAAUGGAGAAAUCACUGAUUCUGCAACAACGAGCUUCAAAGGAGACAUUGAGAUUAGGAAAAGAUGGGAAGAGAGAUGACAGAAAAGGAGACAAGAGAAAGGACAUUUCUGCAGAGUCCAGACUGCAGAAGUUGCUUGGGGAUAUUAAAACAUCUUUGAAGAUUGAUAACCUCGAUGUGAAGAAAUGUUUAGUUGCAUUGGAUGAGUUGAAUUCAUUGCAUGUUACUACUCAACAUCUUCAGAGACACUGCGAACUCAUAGCUACUCUUAAAAAGAUCCGUCGGUUCAAAGCCAGCCAGGAUGUGAUGGACAAAGCCACAAUGCUUUAUAAUAAGUUUAAAAGCAUGUUUUUAAUGGGAGAAGGAGAGUCAGUGCUUAGUCAAGUGCUCAAUAAAAGUCUGACUGAACAGAGACAGUUUGAAGAGGCCAAGAGGGGAGUGCUAAAAAACACAGAACAGACCAAAGAGCAGAAAGAGGUCUGUAUCCAAGCAUGUUAACAGAAAGUUGAGUGGAAUGAAAAAGUGUAGAAGAUGGAAGAAAUAUGCACAACCAACCGAGAGAACGACAGCCUUAUGAGGAUUGUCAAGUAAACUGGAUUCAAGAAUUUUAGAGAACUUCACAGAGAAUGCACUG